UUUUCAUGGAGGAAUGUCAAUGUAAACUGACGAUAACAGCAACAACAACAACAUACAUGCACACGAAGCUACUGUUAGAAACACCAAUAAUAAGGACUGUGAUGGAAAUAUACGUGUAAUGCAUACGUUGACCUGACCUAAAAUUAUGGAAACCAGCAAGUCAAGGAAGAAAUGGGGCAAGGGUGAUCCAGACAUCCAAGUGCCUAUUGAUGCACCAGCAGUUCGGGAAGAAAUCUUUCCCCACCAUGAGGAGUACCUCAUGUUACUCCAGGAAAAGAACAGGCUGAUUAAGAAGCUCCGGGAGAAGAACUCCCGCCAGAUCCAGAUAGAGCGGAAGGAACAAGGCUUCGCUCUGUACGUGAAUGGCGCCAACGCCGAGCGGGACCUGCCCAUCGCACAACCAACAGGGAAAAGUGUCGGCAAGGUCAAGUUGCCCAAAACAGCUGGAGAGAUGCGGCGGAACAUCUACCUGAACGCGAAGGACCUGGUGGAGCUGGGAGCUGAGGAGCGCCGUAUUCAGGAGGAGAAGCAGCGAGCUCGCACCGCUCCCUCCAAGACUCGCAGGAAAGGCUGGAAUGUGGGCUCUGUGGACAUCACCACUGCUUCGGGAGACAAGAGAAAAGUCAGGGCGCCAAAUAUUAUGACGGGCAACUACGAGGACGACUUCGAGAUGGACGACAGUGGCGACUACCGCAGCUCCGGAGAUGAGAGAGACCAGAGGUAUGACUCGGACAGUGACCUGGAGAUAGACGCUCGUGGCCAUGACGGCAGCCGUCCCACCAGCAGCAGCAGCAGGCCGGGCAGCAGCCGCAAGACGAGCUACCUCAAGCGGAAGGCGGCCCAGAUACGCCAGGAGGAGGAGCUCAACGACCGUCUGACGCUCACACUGGCAGACGUUAGGCGGUUGCGGCAGAGCCUGGAGAUGAACGCCAGCAUCAGACAGAGUCUGGCCAAGGAGGUGAGCUCGGGCCUCCCCCAAUUGUCCACCAACCCAUACAGGGCCCCUCCACGACGCCAGGAGUUGAUACAGCUGAAGGAGGAGGAGGACAUGGACCAUGCAUCCACCAUCGAUGAAGAAGACGAGGAGAUUGAGGAGGACUUGUCGCCAGGGGGCAGCACCGGCCCAGACAGCCCGACCAGCCCCAUCAACAAUAUCAUGAAACCUAAUGAGACAAUCGUACUGGAAUUUGCUGCACUGCCAAGUAAAGGAAAUCUUGAAAGAAAUUUGUCUGCUGCACGAAAGAAAAAUACAGAUACUGACAGCUCCCUCACUGCUCGGCAAAAGUCACGCCCUCUCCCGAGCCCCAAAGGCACCCCAUCCUCAACCCCCAGGGAUUUGCAGCUUCGGUCAGUGCCACCAUCCAAGAAGAAGUCACUACAGCCUCUGUCGGCCAACAGGAAGAGUGAUGACAACCACCUAGACUCGCGGGAGGAAGCCUCGGCCGUGUUGCGAGCCCUGCAGGAGGAGAACUCGAGAGCUGCCCGCUUCAACAAAGAUGUCAGUAAAAGUCCUCGGCCAGAGCUGCGGCCUAGUUCCGGUGACCCUCAGCGCUCCAAAUCCCGACUGUCAUCUCACGGGUCAGCGGACAAGUUGUCACCCACCAAAACCCACACCACUGGGUCAGCGGACCCUCAGGCCCUCACUGACGAGCGAGUGUCAGAAAUAGUCACCAAGGUCAUGGUCAUGCCACCAAAGCAGCAGAGACGACUCAUAAAAAUACUGGGCAAGUUGGAUGAAGGCUCUUCAUCUGUGCAUUCCCCCACGUCACCCAGUAAAUCUGCCAAGUUGAGUGCCUCUCGCUCACACACGUCUAACAAACAGAAGUCCUCUGGUGGCCAUCUUGAAGUGUUGGAGGUGAACAUGGAGAUCCUAUCUAACUGGGGACACCCAGAUCGGGUGGGACUCACAGAAAUACAGUUCUUCAACUCGGACAAGCAGCUCAUUCCAGUCCGCAUGUCUGAUGUCAGUGUACAUGGGGCUACUGGCUGCCGGACCUCGCUCGAUGUGCUGUUUAAUGGAAAACCCAAGACAACGAAGGAGAGGUACAUGUGGAGCUGUGAAUAUGAGGACGGGCUGUCUGUGGAAUUUGUCAUCACUCUUCACAACCCCUCACCCAACAAGCCUUUCUGUCUCUCUGCCAUAAAGCUGUGGAACUUCAACAAGAGUCUUAAUGAUUUGAAUAUUGGUGCUCGACAUACCCGGAUCUUCGUGGGGGGAGAACUAGUGUUUGAUGGGGACAUUGAUAAGGGCUGUGGUAACCAAGCCUUUGACUACAGCAAGGUCGUUGACCUCAGUAACUCAGGGACAGACAACUCUGUCAGGAAACAUUCCUCCAAGGGAGAUAAGUCUGUUAAUGGGCAUAACAAACCCUCAGGAACGCACUCCUCCCCUUCACCAAGGCCCCCGUCAGGUCGACAUGAGUCAAGGCAUGUACGCAGUGAGACCCGGACUUUACAUCACAGCAGUGGGGAUCUGCGGCGGCCAUCGGUGGGGUCGGACAGAUCAGAGUCGAGCCCAGAAACUGAGGAGGAUGGGCUAAAGAUGCCUGAGAAGGGGCGUGUGAAGACUCCGCGGAAGCCAAAACGACUGGCAGCCCGCCUGGAUGGCCACAACUCCGAGACUGACACAUCCCGGUCUGUCAGCGACAGCUUGGACCCGAAAAGUCCCCUUGGGCCCAUCAAGAAGACCCCAAACAUGUCUGCAGAACAACCUCCACCAGCCAGACCCAAGUCUCUUGCCCCCCUAGAGGAUGGGCGGGGAGGGACGUCGCCCUCUCCCCGGAGGGCCACGCCCAGCAAAACUCCCCUCCCUCGAGACAGUGAUGACACCCCAAUGUUACAGAAGCUGAAGGACAUGAACAUCAGUGACAGCAGUGAUGACCCCUAUAGCUCCCCCGAUGAAGAGUCGGCCCUCAUCAACCAGUGCGUCCUACCUCCAGAUCCCCGCAGACCAAAGUGGUUACAUAACAUGUUGCAACAUGCAGACCAUGAGUCCCAGAGGAAGAAGGAUGUGCCCACCUGGCUGAAUGCUGAGGAUGUCCAAGAUCGCUUCAAGAGUCCUCCAGCCAGCAGGGCGGGGCAAGUUGAGGGGAAGAGCCCCUCCCCCCAGCCAGGGAAGCCUGGGAAGAAGUCGAGGCAAGACGCUAGCGACCCUAUUGUGUUGGAGGACAUGGGGGUGUGGCCACAAGCAGGGGUCGACCACCUCAGCACAGUGCUGGACAAAGAUGGCCGCCGAAGUGCAGCAGCCUCCCCAUCUGCUGAGAGAGCCGAGGCGGACGAUCUGGCCACGCCCAUGAUGAGGAUACAGAAGAAUCGCGCCCGGUGGCGGGGGUCACACGACAACCUGGAGGAGGAGUGGGGUUCACUGUCCCUGUUCAACAAGCAGCAGCGGGGUCGUUUGUCAGUAGACAUGGGAGCAGAUGGAGCGAUGGAGGAGUAUUUGAGUGGAAGCAGGAGGGAUGGAGAUGCAGGUGAUGAAGCUGUCGCCCAGGACGAAGCUGAUCAGGAUGAGAAUUUUGUGAUCCCGGAGCUGCCCUAUGGUCAGGAGCUGGUUAUGAACAUCAAGACCACGUGGGGGGACCAGCACUACGUUGGCCUCACCGGCAUCGACAUCUUCUCCAGCAAGGGAGAACCUGUCACCAUCAAACAGAUCUCGGCCAAACCGAAAGACAUCAACGAGCUUCCUGAUUACCACAAAGACCCUCGCGUCAUCACCAACAUCAUCGACGGUGUGAACAGGACGCGGGAUGAUGUGCACAUGUGGCUGGCGCCGUUCACCCCGGCUGGUGACCACAAAGUGUUUAUGACCUUCGAGAAACCCUGCAAGAUUGCCAUGAUCAGAAUCUGGAACUACAACAAGUCCCGCAUCCAUUCCUACCGAGGAGCGAAGGAUGUGACGAUGACCCUGGACAAGCAGGUGGUGUUCAAGGGAGAGAUUGCUCGGGCAUGUGGCGGAGUGGAGGGCGGAACCGAGGCCUUCGGUGAUACGAUUCUGUUCACCAUGGACGAGGGAAUCCUUGAGGAGGUGUCGAAGAACGACGAGGCGUACGAUGGGGACAUGUUCAGCGAUGACGAGGACGAUGUCCCCUUCGAGAGGCCCACCACAGCUGACAAUGAUGAGCGGCCGUUCACGCGGGCAGCGGGAGGCCUCCUCAAACAGCCGCAGACCACGCCGAGACCCACCACCAGCAUGGUCACCUACGAUGGAGAUCUGAUUGUCUAUAAGACUAAGCGGCUGGAACUAGAUUUCACUGCUACAUGGGGAGACAUGCACUAUCUGGGUCUGUCUGGCCUCGAGAUCGCAGACAAGGACGGGGAGCCAAUACCACUGAAGAUGUCUAUGGUGUCUGCCAACCCCCGGGAUCUGCACGGUCUGCCUGGACAUGAACACGAUGACCGGACACUCGACAAACUGAUCAAUGGCAGCAACAUCACCCUGUCUGACGAGCACAUGUGGCUGAUCCCGUUCACACCAGGAAACAGCCACACCAUCACCAUCAACUUCGACCAGCAGGUGCUUGUGUCCGCCAUCCGCAUCUGGAACUACAACAAGACACCUGAGGACACCUACAGAGGGGCCAAAGUGAUGCAUGUCCGGAUCAACGGGAAGCAGGUGUCUCCUGACGAGGGCUACUUAUUGAGGAAGGGUCCAGGCAACUGUCACUUUGACUUUGCCCAGGAGGUCAGCCUCUCCACAACACACAGGCCCCAGAACAGCUACCCACAAUCCUCCAGCUCGGUGGGCGUGGACUCGAGUAUAUCAUAUGAGGUGGUGCAGAUGCCUUGUGGAUUCAUCUACCAGCUGCAGCUGUUCACCGCCUGGGGAGACCAGUACUACGUGGGCCUCAACGGCCUCCAGGUGUACGACUCCUGCUUCAACCUCAUACAGCUCACCGACAACAAUAUAUCUGCCUUCCCCGAGAGCUGCAACGUCCUUGACAACAUCCAUAAUGAUGUCCGCACACCUGAUAAGCUGAUCGACGGCAAGAAUGACACGACCGAUGGGAAGCACAUGUGGCUGGCUCCAGUGUUGCCCUCUAUAGUGAACCGUGUCUACAUCAUAUUUGACCAGCCCACCACCAUCUCUAUGAUCAAGCUAUGGAACUACAGCAAGACACCCAACAGAGGGGUGAAGGACUUUGCGCUUCUGGUGGACGACCUACUGGUGUACAAUGGGCGCCUUCAGGCGGUGACCACGGGCGCCCGCGGCAUCCUGCCCCACUGCCAGGGCUCCCAGCAGUACCACACAGUGCUCUUCACAGACAACAAGGAAAUACUCAGGAGAGAGAAGAACACGGUCAUCAGCAACCAGACAGAGGACCAGGACAUCCAGCUGCUCAACGACAAGCAGAUCGUCAGCAAGUACACCAACCCCAAGUCAGCCCAGACUGGAAAACCCGUCAACCAAGCUCUCCGUCCCAAGACAAGUGUGCCGUUGAAGCGGAGAUGAGACUCUGUGGUGCUGGCUGACAAUGGCUCCACCUCGCUCCCUGCCCGCCAUGUGUUGCCUUUGUGCCUGCUGUAUAUGUCUGGCACCCUAUCAAUCUGUACAGGCUCGUGUAUAGUUGUGCAUAAUUUAAUGUGACAUUGUUAUCAACUGGAUGAACACGGUUGUAGUAAUCAAAUGACAAAUGUUUUAAAUAAGUUCCUUAAAUUGUUGUGAAGGCUGUUUCUGUGAUAAUGUUCAUCCUGAUGUAAUGUGUUCGAUGCAGCAAGCACCUGCCAGAAACGCCCUUCAAGUGUAACAGGCAAAAUGUGUUGGGUAAAGAAAAUAUGCAGAGGUGUUUGUUGAAGUAAGAGAUCUGUGAAUAUAUUGGGUUCAAUUGAAUUAAACGAUUUGUCUUAACAUUUAGAUUUCAAGAAUAAAAGUCAUAAUUUGUGAGUUGUAGAACACCUGGGGAUGGAAGUCUGAUAGAAAGGUCAGCUUAACAUCUUCACAACCAUACCAUGUGUCCUUGAUUAGUUUGUUAAAAGGGCUACAGUGGUUGUACGAGACUGAACUCUGUAGACACACCAGUCUGACUACCAAGAAAUGUUGAUGCAGGAUAGAAUAUAGCAUCUUGGUUUGAGUUGAAGAGUAGAAAGUUUGUUGACCCGUUUAUUCAAGUAUUCUGAUGUAUAUUUUUCUCAACUGUCAAAAAUAUCAGUAAUAUCCUGCAUUGUUAUGAUUCUGUGAUGAUCAGAUCUGUUGAAUUUUUACCAUCAUAAGUAGACAUGAUAUUCAUGCAUUUGCACUGCUGCUUGAGACUAAGGUAGGAUGUGUCAUAAAAUAAAACAAAAAUAAAGACUUUUGUUUCACACCUUAGGUUUAAGCAAACACGAAGUGAUGCAAGGUUUAAUCUUUCAUUCGUCUUGAACACAGAAUCCAAGUUUUGGUUCACUGGUCAUAUGAAAAUAUAUUAUACAUGUGAAUGGCAUUAGAGCUAACUGCCCUUGCCAUUAAGAACUAGAAAUUAAUAAUACAAGCCUGAAGUGUGAGACAAGAAUCGCUUCGUGACACCCAGCUGUUGGGAUGCACUCCUGGCAGGGACACCUUGUGAGGUCAGUCACCACAUGCCUUAUAAGUUUAGAAAUAGAAGCAAUAUUUUUUACUGUUUACAGCUUAUUGUUUUCAUGGUACCUGCCGUCCUGUCAAGCUUGUUGGGUCACAAUUGAAGGUCUGUUUUAGACCGCAAAUUCUCAGCUGAUCUCGUUUCCGUCCAUGGAGAUAUUCAUCCAUUCUUCACGUGCAGCAUUUUGUUGUCACAUUGUUGACAGGGAUUAGUUCACUUUACUUGAUGAUUGUGGCAUUAGGAACUGGGGGAGAGAGGGGAGAGAGAAUCUUUGCCAUACAAAAGGUUUAAUGUUGUUUAGAAAAACAUAAAUCAUGUUCUUAAAAAAAGGAAAACUCUAUGGAGAACUUAAGGAACAAUCUGACAAACAUCCUUGAGAAGUUGCCAUUAGUCCAUAACCUUAUCUCUUAUCCACAUGUUAGUGUCAAAAUAGUAGGGCUGGGACGAGUCCAAAUUUACUACCCGGGUACCCACCCCCCUAUUAGCCAACCCUACCCUGGUACCCGCUGUAGGUUUCUAAAGAUUUGACCGUAGCCCUAGGGAAAAUGUAUUCAGAUACACAUAUAAAACAAACUGGUCAUGCAUACACUGAAGUUGACUGAAGUUUUAUCUUUAUACAAGCAUAUAAAAGUCAGAAGGAAUGGAUGCAUAGUCAGAAACAAAUGCAAACAUUAAUGACUUAUAGUGUAACCAUAGAGUUUUAGAGACUUUUUGUCAUUCAACAAUAUAUCACGUGACCAGCCCUGGGUCCAGGUAGCUGUGUGGAUACCCGGGUCCUACUCAGUACCCACCCGACCCAAGGACCAGAGUUACCCGUCCCAGCCCUACAAAGUAGAUACACUUUAUGGAAAAGAAUGUCUUUAAUAUUAUGUCAUUGUGGUCCCUGAGAACCUCUCUUGUACAUGGCUGUAAUAAUGUUUGACAGUUUUAAGAGUUUCCUUCAUAUCAGAUGGAAAAACGAAUCUUGGGUCUCUGGAUCCAGGAUAUUUAUCACAAUGGCGACGUAAUACACUGGAUAAUUGAAGGAGCUCAUUAAGUGAAUUAUAUAUCUCUUAAUUGAAUGUCCAUCCAUGUCAAUCUGUUUACUUUUUAUAAGAGAUCAUUUACAAUCACUUUGUCCGUUGUGGAGCUGUUUCUGUCCAUGAUUUUAACAUUAAAUACUUGUUUCUUCACAUGUGUCUGUUGGGCGAUUGAUCACAAAAUAUAUUUUCUGUCUUUGCUUGUAUGUCAGAAUUCCAUUCCAUUUACAUGAAGCAUACAUGUCUUGUUAUUAUUACCUCUCCAGGAGGAUGUCAGUGAGGAAUAAACUCUACCUCUCA